CCUUACGAUUUGUGUCCAAUCUGGUCUACCCACCCGUCUGAGCCGUCUCCCCUCCUUCGCAGGACUCAUUCUUCUGUGGCAGCGAGGGAGGAAAGGGAAAUGGGCGAUGAUCUUGAUGGGUUUCUAGGUGUCAAAAUGGGAUCGUUUGAGUUUUAUCUAGUUCUUAUUUGAUAUCUCUCUCUGUUGCUGAGGAUUAGUCGUGGGAGAGGUAGGGAACUCAGCAAAGGAAUCCGUCAGAAAGGUGAAACUUUGCUUUUUGGCAUUGGUAAAAAUCUUCUCUUCUUGAAUAUUUCGUCAUUUUUCAUUUUUAAAUUUAUUUUGGCGUGGGAUGUUUUUAUCUGAGUUUCCAGAUAGAAGAAAACAGGCAAGUUUUUCUUCAGUUCUUUUGUUUCUUCGGAUUCAUCUUAUUGUUUUCAUUUUUUUGAAAUCCAAGUUUGUGCUCGAGGGAGCUUUUACUGGUUGAGUUCAGGACUAUCUGUUUACUGUUGGAGCAGAAGGCUUUUCAGGGAUCUCUCGGUGUUGUCAUCAUUGUUUCUCUCUUACUGGCGUUUUUAACUUUCAAAGCACUUAGAGCAGGAACUCGAGAAGCGAGAUAAUGGAAUGAAGCAUUGAAGGGAGCUCCAUAAACAGAAACGAGACACCUUAGAGGCCGUUUUCUCUUUGAACAACAACAAAAACAAAACACACACAGAGAGAGAGAGAGAGAGAGAGAGAGAGUGAGCAAAAAAAAAAAAAAAAAAAGAUGAAAAGCGGCCUUAGAUGAUGUUUCUGUUAAAAUGAACCCUGAGGACACUUCCCUCGGAACCAGCUCUGUGGCCUCUCAAAGAUUCUAACACCGUGGAAGCAAGUACAUAUCAUGUUGAAGAAGAGUUCAAGAGGAGUAGGCAGCAAACAAGGCCUCGUGCCUGAUACUCUCUCCCUUCCGUCUCCCACUGUCAACCAUAACAAGCCCUCAGCCUCCUCUCUCUUCCCCUCCCCAAGGCCUUCUGUUGGCUUCUCUGCCAAGGGAUUCUCAGACUCUGAGGCUGCCAUGAGUCCAACCUCCAUCCUGGAAACCAAGCCCUUCUCUUCUUCCGUCAGGAACCCCUUUUUCUCUGAUAGAAACUCAAGGAAGCCUCCUUCAGAGGCUGCUGCUGCCAAUACCAUUUCAGAGAGCAGACACCGCCCUUGGGACAAUGGAGGUUCAGAACCUAUAGGGCUCGGCAUUGUCGAUGCUCUCAGCAACGAUAAAGCCGACGCAAAGUCUUCGAAGCCGGAUAGCAGGAUGGUGUUGUUUGGAUCACAGCUCAAGAUUCAGAUCCCUUCCGUUCAUCCUAACUCCAUCUCUCUGGCCGGGUCCUUCGAGACUCCUUAUUCUCCGAUAGAAUUCGGCAUCAAAAACGAGGAUUCCCAAUUGGCUCUUCUCUCCCCCGCCCGCCGCUCUCUGAUAAGGUUUCCCAAUAUGGGUCCUGAGGUGCCGGCCUCGUCUCCUCGGGUUUUCACAGGGAGCAUCUCUGCAAGUGAGAUGGAGCUAUCAGAGGACUAUACCUGUGUGAUCUCUCAUGGACCGAACCCGAAAACCACGCACAUCUUUGACAAUUAUAUCGUUGAAGAGAGCUCUGGUGAUGCGCGCGCUGCUUCAAAGGAUAAUAGGUUCACAGGCUAUCAUUCGAAUGAUUUCUUGAGCUUCUGCUAUGCAUGCAAGAAGGAUCUCGGAGAGGGGGAAGAUAUCUUCAUGUAUAGAGGUGAGAAAGCGUUCUGCAGCAAUGAGUGCCGCUACCAAGAGAUGCUCUUGGAUGAAAGGAUGGACAAGUGCUCACCAGAGUCGUAGCUUUCUUCUGGCUCAAACAUUUUUCAGUAAUGUAAUGUGUUUCCCGAGGGCCGAAAGAAAUCGUUAGUAGCCUUGGCAGAGUGAGUUUCUACUUUUCCGUAAAUUUGGGCAAUUAUGGGUUUAAAUCAAGCAGGACGGACAGGAUCCUAAUCACUGGAGGAUAACUUACAUGGCUUGGUGGGUGUCUUUUACCUCUUUUUUGCUUCCAAGAAGAGAUGAUGGGGGCUGGUGAGUUCUUGCAGGCUUGGUUCUGAUCAGAUCUUUGGUGGGUUUGUUCCACAUUUUUUUGGCUGAAUGAUGUACGAACUUUCAGAUACAUGUCGUCUGUUAUCUACUCAAUGUUUUUCGGAGCAAAUUUGGUGAAUUUGAUGCAUAUUUUUUCGCCUAAA